AUGGAGCUUUUAGAUACCGAGGAAGCAUCGUCGUCGAAUAAUGAUGAAGUAAAAGUCACUAUUAAUACUCGGCUUAUUUGUGGCCUUCCAGAUGAUAUUUCUCUUUUGUGCUUGGCAAGAGUUCCUAGAACAUAUCAUUCAGUUCUGAGGGCUGUUUCAAAGAGAUGGAGGGACUUAGUUUCCAGCAAAGAGUGGCUUCAUUAUCGUAGAAAGCAUAAACUUGAUGAGACAUGGAUCUAUGCUUUGUGCAGGGACAAAUUGGAUCAUGUUUGCUGUUAUGUUUUGGAUCCAACCUUGUCGACAAAAUCUUGGAAGCUCGUUCAUGGGCUUCCGCCUCAUAUCGUUAGAAGGAAAGGCAUGGGUUUUGAAGCUUUGGGAAAUAAGCUUUUCUUAUUGGGUGGCUGUGGCUGGUCUGAAGAUGCUACCGAUGAGGUUUAUUCAUACAAUGCUUCCUCAAACUCUUGGGUUCAAGAUGCUUCAUUGUCAACUGCUAGGUGCUACUUUGCUUGUGAGGUUAUGGACGAAAAACUAUAUGCUAUUGGUGGCAUAGGUUCAAAUUCAAGCGAUCCUCAUUCGUGGGAUACUUUUGAUCCUCGCAUCAAUGGUUGGACAUCUCACAAAGAUCCAAAUAUUGUUCCCGAAAUUGAAGAUUCAAUAGUCAUGGACGGAAAAAUAUACAUCCGAUGUGGCAAAUCUCCUGUAACACCUCACGUGUAUGCUGUUGUAUACGAACCAUCAAGCGGCACAUGGCAGCAUGCAGAAGCUGACAUGGUUUCAGGAUGGAGAGGUCCUGCGGUUGUUGUGGACAGAAUCCUUUUUGUUUUGGAUCAAAGUUCAGGUACCAGGCUAAUGAUGUGGCGUAACCAGACACGCGAGUGGAUACCAGUUGGUAAGUUGUCACCGUUGCGCACAAGACCACCCUGCCAACUCGUUGCAGUUGGUAAAAGCAUUUAUAUCAUCGGAAAAGAGCUUAGCACUGUGGUUGUUGAUGUUGGCGAUAUUGAAAAUACAGGAAGGUUGAUGGUGGGUUCUUCUAUACCUAAAUUAGUCUCUGAUUACAAUGUAAUUAGUUGUAAAUGCUUGUCAAUCUGA